AUGGCGCGCACGGUGGCGCUGGUGUUCUCGAGUGAGUAUGCGGCGGCACUGUCGUCGCUUCCGGUACACCCGAAUCGGGACUGCAUGACGUUCUCGUUGCUGCAGCAUACAGGCAUCCUGUCGCAUCUGCAUGUCAUCGCGCCUGAUGUGGCAUCGCAGUCCGACCUCGAACGCUUCCAUACCGCGGGGUAUGUCGUGGCACUACAAGGCGAAACGUCGUCCACCGCUGCAGUCAUGCUCGAGUAUGGCCUCGUGGAUGACGCGUAUACGUUUCCUGGCCUGUUUGCAUAUUGCACGUUCGUUGCUGGCGCGUCGCUUACAGCGGCAAAGUUGCUCGUGUCCAAGACUGUGGACAUUUCAAUCAACUGGGGCGGGGGCCGACAUCAUGCCAAGAAAGACCACGCGAGCGGCUUUUGCUACGUGAACGAUGUGGUGCUGGCAGUGGACUACUUGCUGCAGCACGUUCCAUCGUCUAAAGUGCUGGUCAUCGACAUCGAUGUCCAUCACGGCGACGGCGUCGAGGAAGCGUUCUACUUCUCGUCCCAAGUGUUCACGUUAUCAUUCCACAAGCUAGCCCGCGGGUUCUUUCCUGGGACAGGGUCGACUGCAUCUAUCGGUCGAGGGGCCGGUCGACACCGGAAUCUGAAUGUGCCGUUGGACGACGGCAUCACCGACGACCAGUUUCUCGAAGUGUUUGAGCUCGUGGUGCAGGCGGUUGCGGAGGCCUUCGAGCCCUCGCAUGUCGUCAUGACGUGCGGCGUGGACACCCUUUCCACAGACCCCCUGGGAACAUUUAACUUAACGGCCACGGGCUUGUGCUGGUGCUUGGAAGUGGUCAAGGAGAUGGAGCUUCCGUUGCUGGUCUUAGGCGGAGGAGGGUACAACGAAGCCGACGCGGCGCGCUGUUUUGCCGCCCUCACGGCCACUGCAGUGGAUCAACCGUUGCCACAGGACGUGCCCGACCACGACUACUUUCCCAAGUAUGGCCCACAUUUCGAAAUGCGCACCACGAGCGUGAAAUCCCGACUGAACAAGAACACGGUGGCAUCGCUCGAAGCCACGUGCCAGCAUGCCUUGGACCACAUCAGUCACUUGGCAACCACUGGAUGAUGUUGAUGGAAAAUCGAUCGACGACUUCUGGUCCACGCAUGACAACACCAGGUACAUAACACUCACGUGUGUGAUUCCAGUGCAGUAUAUUCAUAUACAGGAGCUGGUAUUGUCGAUUUGAUACAAAAUGGGGAGGGGGUGCAAUCGAAUCG